AUGUCGAGAUCGGGAUGGGAGGAGGGGGCCGGGCGCAGUGACCGGGAGCAGGGACGAGAACGGGGACGUGAGGACCGCGCGGCGCUGGGGCUGGAUCCGGCGCCGGGGACUGGGGCCGGGAAGUCGAGGGGCGGAGGGAGGACGGGCGGGCGCUGGGGGGGCCGCGGCGCGGAGCGCGGGUGGGGGCGGGGGCGGGGGCUCCGCGGGCGGAGGGGCGGGGGCUCGGGUUACCGCGCGGAGGGCGGGGGAGGGGAGGGGAGGGGGCGCGGGGCCGCGGCGGCGAAUCUCGCAUCCUCCGCGGGGCGGCUGUGGAGGAGGCGGCGCCCCGGCGGCGGCGGCGGCGGCGGCGAAGGGAAGGACGGACCGACGGCCAGGGGCGCACGGACCGACGGCUGGCUGCCCGGAGCUGAUCGCGGGCCCGGAGACGGCGGCGGGGGACGAUGCGCGGCCCCAGGCCCCGCGCGGGCGGGCGCUGCCCGGGGGGCUGACCGCGGCCGGACGGCGCCCCAGGACCGGGCGAGGGAGCCCGCGCCGCGCGGAGGUCAGUGCCCGCGCCCGCCCGGCCCGUCCGGCCGCGCCCGCCCGGCCCUCCGGCCUCUCCCGGGCGGCGGCGGCGGCGGUGCAGCCGGGGGCUUUGUUCUGAGCCGGAGACAAUGGGGGAGGGGGGGCCUGGGCCUGCGGGACGAGGGCGAGCGUGAACGUGAGCGUGGGGGCAGGGCCUGGGGGUCUUUGUGUGUGUGA